AUGAGUUGGGAGAACUAUAUACAAAAAAAACUUAUAGGAACGCGUCUCGUGACGAAAGCGGCUAUUGGUGGACACGAUGGCAUGGUGUGGGCCAAAUCGGAAGAUUUUGGUGUGACCAAAGGCGAGCUCUCAAAACUGCUCGCCAGUUUUGGCAAUCAAGAUCAUUUGAAGUCUGUCGGCGUCACGCUUGCAGGCCAGAACUACUUGUUCAUGUCAGGUACGGAUCGGGUAGUCCGAGCGAAGUUCGGGAAAGUUAGCGUCUACUGUAUGAAAACGGUGCAAACAGUGAUAGUUUCGCUGUUUGAGGAACCAAUUCCGACAAAAAGAGCUAUUGCUGUCGUCGAAAAACUCGGGGACUUCCUGAUAACACGCGGCUAUUAAAUGGAGAAUGCUGGAAAGGAAACCCAGAACAUUUGGAGAUAACCAUAAUAAAAAUAAUUACGAACUAUGAUUAAAUUUAAAUAAUGAAAACCGGCC